GGCGAGCGGGCGGCGGGCCGGGGCUGGAGAAGUUUGCGCGGCGGCUCGUGAGCGCAGGGUGCGGGCCCGGCCGGCCGCUGCGCGCCCGCUGCCAUGGCUUUCCGCAGGAGGACGAAAAGUUACCCGCUCUUCAGCCAGGAGUUCGUCAUCCACAACCAUGCGGACAUCGGCUUCUGCCUGGUGCUCUGCGUCCUCAUCGGGCUGAUGUUCGAGGUCACCGCCAAGACUGCCUUCCUAUUUAUUUUACCUCAGUAUAACGUUAGCGUGCCUACAGCAGACAGCGAGACUGUGCACUACCACUACGGGCCCAAGGACCUGGUCACAAUCUCGUUCUACGUCUUCAUCACCAUCAUCUUGCACGCCGUGGUUCAAGAGUACAUUUUAGACAAAAUCAGCAAACGGCUUCAUCUCUCCAAGGUUAAACACAGCAAGUUCAAUGAGUCUGGACAGCUGGUCAUCUUUCAUCUCAGCUCGGUGAUAUGGUGCUUCUAUGUGGUGGUGACGGAAGGAUAUUUAACAAACCCGAGGAGCCUCUGGGAAGACUACCCGCACGUGUACCUCCCCUUCCAGGUGAAGUUUUUCUACCUGUGCCAGCUGGCCUACUGGCUGCACACACUUCCUGAGCUCUACUUCCAGAAGGUACGGAAGGAGGAAAUCCCCCGCCAGCUCCAGUACAUCUGCCUGUACCUGGCCCACAUCGCUGGAGCUUACCUCUUAAACCUGAGCCGCCUGGGCCUGAUCCUGCUGCUGCUGCAGUACUCGACCGAGUUCCUCUUCCACAUGGCUCGGCUCUUCUACUUUGCGGACGAGAACUCCGUGAGCAGGUUCAGCGCCUGGGCUGCCGUGUUUGGGGUCACCCGCCUCUUCAUCCUCACCCUCGCUGUGCUGGCCAUCGGCUUUGGGCUGGCUCGCAUGGAGAACCAGGCCUUUGACCCCGAGAGGGGGAACUUCAACACUUUACUCUGCAGGCUCUGCGUGCUGCUGCUGGUGUGUGCCGCCCAGGCCUGGCUCAUGUGGCGCUUCAUCCACUCCCAGCUGCGGCACUGGCGGGAGUACUGGAACGAGCAGAGCGCCAAGCGGAGAGUCCCGGCUGUCCCCAGACUGCCAGCCAGGCUCAUCAAGAGGGAAGCCGGUUACCAUGAAAAUGGCGUGGUGAAAGCCGAGAACGGAACCUCCCCACGGACUAAGAAACUCAAGUCUCCUUGAGGCCAAAGUGCUGGGAACAGGAAUCCUCCGGCGGGGCCCAGCAGGGCGGCGGGAGCCCGGCCUCCAU